CAUCCAGACCCGGUCGCUGCGCGUGUCGCGAUCCCGCAGUCCGCCAUCACCCACAAUGCUCGCACCAAGGAUAGGGAGGCAGGUCCUGCAACGGCUGGGGACCUGCUCGGCGCCGUCAACCGUCACAUUACCGAGCUUCCUCGUUCCAGCCUUCCAGACACUAGCUAAGCGCAGUUUCUGGGCGACGACGAGCCGGCCCUCCAAGCUCGGCAGGACGCCCCUCUCGGUGCCGCCCGGCGUGGACAUCGAAAUAAGCGACCUGUACCUGAAGAAGAACAUGACGUCGUACCUCAAGACGUAUAAGAGGAACGUGAGGGUGAAAGGGCAACUGGGGGAACUUACGCUUGAAAUCCCCGAGUUCAUCAAUAUCGACCACGAUGAAGAGGGGCGGACGGUGGUGCUGAGCGUGAAGGAUCAGGAACACAAGGCGCAGAGGGAAAUGUGGGGGACGACAUGGGCGGACCUCAACAACAACAUUAUGGGUGUGUCAGAGGGUCACACGGCCGUGCUGCGUCUAGUGGGAAUCGGUUUCAGGGCGACGGUCGAGCCGCGGCCAGAGAAGGAGGAAUACCCCGGGCAGCAGUUUGUCUGCCUGAAGCUAGGCUUCUCACACCCGGUGGAGAUGGGCCUGCCCUUGGGAAUGAAGGCCAGCGCACCACAACCGACGAGAGUGCUACUCGAGGGCAUCAACAAAAGGCAGGUCAUGCAGUUCGCCGCCGAGAUCCGCAGGUGGAGAGUGCCCGAGCCAUACAAGGGCAAGGGUAUCUUUGUCAACGACGAGACGAUCAAGCUGAAGCAGAAGAAGAUUAAAUAAAGUCGCGGGACGUGGGUGCUU